AGGAGGAGGGGAAGGAGGAGGAGGAGGUAGGAGUAAGCCAGACAGACCCCACGGGCGCCACAAGCCCUCAGUGACACCCCAGCCACCAGAGAGGGAGGAGACCCCGCACUCUCAUCUACCACCACUACUAACCACAACCACCAAUAUGUCUGAGGAAACUAAGGCCCAUCCGGAGGAGGAGGUAGAGAAGAAGGAGGAAGAGACGAAAGAGAAUGAAGUAGAAGAAGCAGGAGACAAGGAAGGUGAAGGAGGGGAUGAAGGAGACAAGGCUGAAGGAGGCGAGGAAGCUGAUGAUGAAGGCGCUGCUGAUGCAGCAGAUGGCGAAGACUCGAAAGACAAUGCAGGAGAGGAGAGUAAGGAGGAAGAAGCAGGAGUAGAAGAUGGGGAGAAGAGUGCUGAAGAUGGUGCAGAGGAAGGAGAAAGUGAAGACAAGGCGGAAGAGAAGGACAAGGACGAAGCGGCGGGGGAAGAUAAGUCAGAGACGGAGGAGGAGGCGGCGAACGAUGACGCAGGAGAGGGAGAAGAGAAAUCAGACGCUGCUGAAAAGGAAGAAUCCGAAAAGGAUGAACCAGCUAAAGAGGGGGGAGAAGAGGGGGGAGAAAAGUCCGCAGUAGAAGAAAAAGAAAAAGAUGAGGGAGAAGGAGCAGGGAAGGAAGAGAGUAAGGAGGGGGAUGAAGGAGGAGAUAAAGCAGAAGGGGGUGAUGAGAAGGCGGAGGGGGAGAAGGAACGUGGGAAAGCAGAGGAAGCAGCGAAGGAGGAGUAGAUUAGUUUAACUUCUGUUAUCACUUUUAUAAAUAUUAGUAUCGUGUUAAGGCUUCAUGAUGAUGAUGAUGAUGAUGAUGAUGAUGAUGAUGAUGAUGAUAAUUGAUGACAUUCUACAGUUCCGCCUUGGCCUGGCUUGAGGGAGGGGAGGGGAGACUGAUCCGACAAGUUCUGAUACUCAGCUGUGAUGCCUAAGUCCCGUCAACGCCUUGUGGUGAAAAAACCGACACAUUUGAUCUUUUACUCAAUAUUAAGAUACUUUUACUCUUAGAAGAACACACAAAUUUCUAAAACAAAUUUCGCUUGCAUGUUCUUUAUGGUGGCUAGCGAGUGAGAGUGAGUCUGUGAGAGUGAUACAAUAUUAUGAUACAGUAUAAAGCUUCAGAAUCGAAUCCGCGAGUUAAAUCCUAAUUUAAAAUGUCGAUGAUUGAGUUUUAUAUUCCAACUAAUUAUUCAAAUCUCACUUUCAAAAGCUUAUAAUCGAGUUCUAGAAAAAAUAGAACCAUCGAAUCACUGGGUAAAUUUUUUUGUUACAGCAUGUACGGGCUUAUGUUUUCAAUAUUAAUAAUAAAAUCCUUGUUCAAAUAAACAUUAGAAUCCAGGUACAGUCACAAAAAAAAUUCUGUCUGCCCCCCGUCCCAUCCAUGAACCCUGAGACUCAUGAACCUGUGAAUCCGAGACAUGACAUGACCCAGUGCGCCAUCUAUGGGCCCAACAAUAUGAAUCUCAUGGUUCAUGGACGAGGCGGAGGAAGAACGUGACUUUUUUUUCAUGAUUGUACAAUACAUCGGCCUUUAUAAUGACAAAAUGGUACGCUUCAAACACAGGAAUCUUGUGUAAGGAUUGAAUUCAUGAUCAUAUUAUCUAGUCAGAAAAUUAGAAUUUUCUAACAGACUAGGGUACUUUAGGGCCACUUACCUGAAAACCAUAACAAUGUCAACGCCAUGUUACGCCUUGAAAACAUUGCCACCCAACACAUAUUCUUAUUUACGUUUUAACACUAUUCACACUGUCAGUGAUUCACUAAAGUCUGGGGGUAUGUCUGAGUUAUAAUAUAUAGUUUUAACACUAGGAACAAACACUUGUAGGUUGUUGAAACAAUCGAUAUACACUGCGACAACGAUAUCCUCUUGCCUCCGUGUCUUGACCAAUACUGGUGAACAAGUUUUGUUUCCUCCUGGUCGGGUAGUUGAAAUUUCUUCUUUUGGCAGUUUACGGAAUUAGCUAUUUCUACUUGACAGUUUAGUAAUUUAGUUUUCUUCUUUGUUGCACAACUGAAGUGAAUGUUAGUGUGAAUGUUAGUGUGAAUGUUUGAGGUUAUGUUUACCUCCGCCAUGCCAGAGAUAAGGAAGGGCUAGCCAUCAUGAUUUAGUUGGUCGACCAUUUCUCAAACUUCGUCAAAACAAGUCUGUCCCUGUUAGACUGUGUUAAUACUCGUCAAGUGAUGCGCAUCUGGUGAUUAAGAGUGGACAACCUCCCUCACAGUUUCAUAGUUGGUACUUCGAAAAAAAAUUAUGUGUAUAUUUUAAUGUCUGCGGCCGUACAUUUCCUUGAGCUUCCUCUGCUUACGCUAACUUAUAAAACGGACAGUUCGGAAGUUGAUCCUUGAAGGCAAUCAGCGGGCUGCUCUGUUGUCAACGUGAAGAUAAGGAACGAACCCUAUUCGUCAAGGCUUUUUGUUCUAAACGCAUUCUUCUACAACUGUGGUGUGGGGAAGACGCUGCCCCGGUUCUACAUAUCACUAUGCCUUAAUUGAUAUUAGUCCACAAUUAGGAUAUCAAAACUGCCACUUUGGGGGUAAUUUGGAGUCCGGAAGAACAGUUAGUUGGAGAAAUACGUUUUCCUCAAAGGGAGAGGUUGUCAGAUAGCGAUUAAAACCUCCCUUUUUGCAUCUCUCUUCCUAAUAGUUUUAGGUGAAGUCAAUCUGCUGCCCAGGCUAGGUAGUUAGACGCAUCGCUAACGUUCACAUCUUUAUAGUGUUAUCUACCACUAACCUUCGUCCAAUCAAAAGAGAAAUACACAUACACAUAUCGACGUUUUGAUAAGAAAGGUUAAUUUUAAACUCGCUUAUAAUUAAAGGACUAACGUGGGCAAUAUCUCUACAUAUCAUAAAAACUCCGAUUUUUCUAUGUCAAAGAAAAUCGUCCAUAUCAAAGAAAAUAUAUUUAUUUUAGACUAAACUUAAGUAAGAUUCGAAUACAGAUAUAUUUUUCCCCUCGAUAUUAAUCUGAUCAUAUUAACCUUAACAAUAUCAAAGUGCAUGUAAGGAAGAACAUCAAAAUAGGUUAUAAGAUGUAAAGAAGAGAACAUACUGUCGAGUAUGCUAAGAAACACAAUUACAGCCAUAUCAUACGCUAUUAGUUACCCAAUUUGCCUUGAAAAUAGCAUCUUGCCUUGAUAGUAUUAAGCUUAGCGUGUUUGUGAAAGAUGCUGUAGGUAUAUAUGUCAAGUAUAUUAUAUUACAGUAUUACUCUAGUUCACUCGCCUCGCUCACUAUAGCUCUCUACGGAACCCUACUAUAUAUACGACUGUUAGACGUAUGCUUAUAAUUACGACACGAUAAUUACCAAGUUCAAGUACUGAUGAUGAUUUAUUGAGAUUGGUGAUAAUUACUCUGGGUUUAUGUUCAUUCCUUCAGAUUAAUAAUAAUAGUUACAAAUUAUACUAAGAUUGAGAAUGUUAAUAAUUACUCAGAACGAUGAUAAUUACUAAAAGAAAAUUAUAAUAGUUACGUAACUUAAUCAUAAUUACCGGAGACUCAUGAUAACUGCCAGAUAUUGAUUAUCAUAAUUUGUGAUAAUCCCUCGAGUCUUAUAAUAAUUACUUUACACUUACGAUAAUUAAUAUAAUUUAUGGGUGACUAUGAAAAUUGUUGAAGAUAAGUUGGUUUAUGAUCAUCGCUUCACUUAUGAUACCUUAGGAGAAAAUAUGUGAUAAUUACUGAUGAUUAGGGUCAGUUUCUUGACCGCUGUAAGGAAAAUAUGACGAAAAUUAGGGAAAAUUAAUGAUAAUAACAGUGACAAUGACAAAAUAUAUGACAGAAACAUAAAAAAAAAUAUAUUAAAAUUAUAAGAAACUCUUGACAAAUAAGGGAAAAAUCCAUGACAAAUUAGGAAAUUCUUAAUAAGUGAAUUUGAUGACAAACUUACGUAAGACUCAUGACAACUGUCCUUCAGCUUGAGUCAUACUUCAUGACAAUAAGUUAUAGAUACUGUCAACACACCCAUCUUAUAAUAAAUAAACAUAUAACAAGUAAUACAG